GCCAAUAACUUGUGUGACUUUCACCACCACAACAAUCUCAAUUCUCAUCUCCAACAAAUGAAUACAAAACCAUUCAGCAAUAAUCAGAGUAGUAAUAAGACUAAUGGAAAAGGAGAAGUGACGUCGUCGCCGUCGCCAUCACCAAACAAUGAGAAGAAUGGCGUAAACAGCAGUUGUAACGGAGGAGCAGGAAACAUGAGCACAUUGGAGAAGCAGGGGAUGAGAAACAAUCUUGUGCAGCAUACGAGGAAUUGGGGGAAUCAUCGCAAUUCUUUAACGUAUCGUGGCGCAGUGCUGAAUUUGAAGAGAAGCCGAAUGCGCCCCCUCCGACCUGCGACGUCAUGUCCGGAUAUCAUUUCGGUAGCCACGGCGGAUGAUAAUACGCCCGAGUGGAAAGCCGCCCUGCAGGAUAUUUACGUCUGGAUGCAAGAAAUCUUUGCCCUGGAUCACUUGAAAAAUACCAGAUUCGUUUUGUUCAUCAUGUCGAAUUUUCUCUUGUACAUGUGGUAUGAGAUCCCAUUGACCUUUCUUGCCGACACUGCCACGGGCUUGGGCUACUCGGAAGGAGAAGGAGCCAUGUUGGGAAGUACGAUCGGACUUUUAACCGUUUUCGGAAAUAUAAUUUUGGGGUAUUUGGGGGACAAGAAGUGGGCAAAUUCCGUGACGAUUUAUGGCCUGUGUAUUUCCAUUUGCGGCAUCGUGACCGGCCUGAUGCCCUGCCUCUUUGGGAAGUUGUUCAGCAUGGGGCUCACCUACUACUUCCUCGUCUUGCUCUGCGGCGUGUUUGGCUUGAUGAUUGCGGCAAAUUACUCACUCACACCCGUCAUCCUACUUCAAGUCGUCAGUUUGGAAAAGUUUACCCCCGCGUACGGUCUUCUCCUACUUGUGCAAGGGAUCGGAAACCUGAUCGGACCACCCAUUGCUGGCCUCCUCUACGACUACACGGGAAAGUACGCCUGGUCAUUUUGGAUCGCUGGGGGUGGGAUCUUCAUCUCCAACUUUUUCAUCCUCGCCCCAAUCUAUCAACGCCAUCAAGCCCGGUACGAAGAGUCGACUCGGGACAUUUCCGCCAGUCGCAGCAGUGGACGCAGCAACAGCAGUUGUGAAGAAGGACACAGAGGAAACAGCGCCAGUCCGACGCCAAGCAUCCUCAAAGAUCUCGACAGGAAAAUGGGGGCAGGGGAUAACAAUGCGUGAAAAAAAGUUCACUAAUUGAACGCAAUACUUAGUACUUACUAACGAAGAAUGACACAUGCAGAACAGAAGAUUUUUACUAACUCACACGCAGCAAGUAAAUUAGUGGCUUAAUAAUCGCAAUUAAAAUUAAUUAAUACCGAAGAAGAAGCGAAAAUAUUCAUUGUUUAGUUCCAUUUUAGCUCAAAUAAUCCUAAUUAAACGUUUACAUCCAAUUAAUUCCAAAAUUAGUGGAUUAGUAUUUAGUUUUUUGUAUUUAUGAAUUAGCAAUUUCUUUUUUUUCGUUAUUCAUUAUUGACUCGAUAUUUUUUUAAGACUUAAGUUUUUGAC